CAACCAUAUAUAUAUACACACACAUAUAAAGCAAUCUUCUUCAACUACCUAUAACUGUAGUUGUCUUAGAAUGGAUGACAGGUUGAGGGCGGCUGCUCAAGAGGGAAACAUCCAACUUUUGUACACAUUAAUUCAAGAGGAUCCAAAUAUUUUGGAGCGCAAUAUGGAUGAUAAAUUUUUGUUAGCUGAUACUCCUUUACAUGUGGCUGCAUCAACGGGUAACCUUCAAUUUGCCGCAGAAGUCAUGAAGUUGAAGCCGUCGUACGCCAGGAAGCUCAACCUAGAUGGCCAUAGCCCCAUCCACCUUGCUCUGCGAAGUGGGCAUCAUCGCGUGGUCGAGUGGUUUGUCUCUGUUGAUAGCAACUUGGUCCGUGACAAAGGAGGAGAUGAGGGCAUGACUUCUUUGCAUUAUGUGAUUGCUCAAGGAAAUGUUAAUCUUUUGAGAUCGUUUCUAUUGGCUUGCCCAGACUCCAUUGAAGAUUUGACAACUAAACGAGAAACUGCACUGCAUGUUGCCCUAAAAUACUACGUUCCCAGGAUUUUUGAGGCUUUGGUGGGAUGGCCAAAGAAGACCGACAAGGAAGACAUCUUAAACUGGCCAGAUGAUGAUGGCACCACCAUCUUGCAUAUGGCCAUAUCCAAGAAUCAAACUUAGGCAAGAGUACUCUUAAUUAUAUAUUCAACCCGUCACGGUGACUUAUCAUAUUCUCUGUGGUGUUCUUUUAGAAUUCUUUUAGUUGUAUAUGCAGGCAUAUUAAUUGGAGUAUAUAUAUAUUAACUAAUGCCUUGAUAAU